CCUAAACGGUAGGGUGCGUGGUGAGUGACAGUGAGUCACAGCGGUUGGACCGAAUGGGUGAUAGUCAACUGGACUAGUUUUGAAUUUCACAUCGUUGGCACCCAAUGGGAGGGGUGGACUUUUAGGGCACUACCCCACACGUGAUAACUGAUCACCCAGUCUCUUCUCUUUCUGUCUUCUUCUUACCUUUUGGAUUUCCUUUAUUAGUUUACUCACACACCUUGUGCUACAUUUUGUUUUUCUUUCUCUUUAAUUUUUUUUCUCCGUUACUAUUCAUUACUGCUACCAACUAAUGCAAUGACCAAAAAUCAAUGAGCCUUGCGAUCUUAGGGGAACAACUACAUGGCAGGGGCUUCGAAUUCCAAGAUCGAAUUCUUGGUGUGGUUGUCGCAAGUCAUGGGAGGACUCUGUUCGCGCUCCGCGGCUGACGACCGAGUUUUUGUCAACGCCGAUUCUGCUGCUCAGAGUAAACCUGCCGCUGAUGACGCCGUAGUUUUCUCAGCCGCGCCUCAGAGGAUGGAGAGGAAUCUUCCUGAACCUUCUAGAACUAACGGCGGAGCUUCUUCCGCUGUCGAUGAAGAGUUCUACGAUGGAAUCCCGCGCUUCCCUAAGGACUCCUUGCCUCAGAAGCCUAGGUCAAAGGUCUCAGAGGUGAGUUCACGCUUGGGCAAAGCUGGUACUACUGGAAUUGCAAUUGGAAUUGAGAAAGCAGUAGAGGUUUUGGAUACUCUUGGGAGCAGCAUGACAAAUUUAAAUGCUAGCAGUGGGUUUGUUUCCGGAGCUGCAAUUAAGGGGAAUGAAAUUGCUAUCUUGGCUUUUGAGGUUGCAAACACAAUCGUCAAAGGUUUUAAUCUUCUGGAAUCUCUUUCACCUAAAAGUAUUAGGCAUUUAAAAGAAGAGGUGCUUCUUUCACAUCCCGUGCAAGAUUUAGUGUCAAAGGAUAUGGAUGAACUUCUUGGGAUUGUUGCAGCAGACAAGAGGCAGGAGCUGAAGGUUUUUUCUGAUGAGGUGAUUCGUUUUGGAAAUCGUUCGAAGAAUCCUCAAUGGCACAACUUAGAUCGUUACUUUGAGAAGGUUAGCGGAGAAUUGAAUGCUCAAAGACCCUCAAGAGACGAGGCAGGAUCAAUAAUGAAAGAAUUGAUGACUUUGGUUCAGUUAACAGCCGAAUUGUACCAUGAAUUACAUGCUUUGGAUAGAUUUGAACAAGAUAUUCAGCGCAAGUGUGAGGAUGAUGAUGAAAGAGGUGAUGGCAUUGCAUUCUUGAGGGCGGAAAUUAAAAAUCAAAAGAAGCAAGUUAGACAAUUAAAGAAAAAAUCACUCUGGGCUAGAAGUCUGGAGGAGGUUAUGGAGAAGCUUGUAGAUAUUGUCCAUUUUUUGCUUUUGGAGAUAAGUAAUGUCUUUCGUAAUAUAGAUAGCCACAAACCAUUAACUGGACACAGAAGCAAUCACCAAAGACUGGGCCCUGCAGGCCUUGCUUUGCAUUAUGCUAAUAUAGUGCUUCAAAUUGAUACUAUUGUGAGUUAAACUUCAUUGUAUUUACUUCAUCAUUCCAUGUCUGUUUAUUUUAUUCCUUAACUUGGAUCAGGUCAAAAUUAAUUGAGUUCUGGAGUUUCUCCUUUUGUUGCGUAUUGAAUUUCACUUGACUCUUAAAACAUUUAUCUUUCUGUGUGUAUUAAUACACACACUAAU